AUGGGCUCCUCGCAGCCCGGGCUGGAGGGCCGGCUGAGCGCUCUGUGCUGGACGGAGAUGGCCUUGGUGCUGGUCGCUGCCUUUUGCCUUCUGAGCGCCCAUCCGUGCCAGCCCUCCCUGGGGCACCGACUGGAACCGGGACCCUCCCUCACCUGCUCCGUGGGGGACACCUGCCCCCAUCGCCCCUCCUGGUACGACCGAGAUGGUGCGCGGCCGAGCCCAGAGCAAACCCCAGGCAGGGCUGGGGUGACCGAGCUGCGAAUAUCCCCGUCCGAGCUGGGCCCCGGCGCGGCGCUGAGAUGCCAGGUGGAUGGAUACAGGGAUGAGUGUGGCUCUGCCCAAUCCCAGCCCCUGGGGACAGUCGCCCCCAACGUGCCCAGGGUCGAGGUUUCGUGGCCGGCAGGGAAGGCAGCGCUGAGGGAAGGCGACGGUUUUACCCUGCGCUGCCAGGCUGCUGCCCUGCGGCCCGUCGCCGGGUACGUCUGGUCCCGCGGGGACGUGUGGCUGACAGGAGCUGGGCAGGAUUUACGUGUUGACAAGGCAGCCGUCUCUGACGGAGGGAGCUACGUGUGCGGGGUCUGGGUCUCCGGCCCCGGCUGGGGGUAUCUGAGCCUCUCUGCGAGGGAAUCGGUCAAAGUUCAGCUCCCCAGGACACCCACAUACAUCAUAGGACUUACUGUUGUGCUUGUCCUGUUACUGCUGGUGGGGCUGGUCGGCGUCACAGCUUGGAGGUAUUUGUGCUUUGCAAACCGUAAGAUGCGGCGCAAACGCCAGGGAAUGAGCAGCAAUGCGCCAGCCGAUGAACAUGGGAAAAGUACCACAGGUGCUGAGUUUUCCCUCGGGCCAGAGACGGAGUCACCCUAUGAGGAACUCCAAGGACGGACCCAGGAUAUUUACAGCCAGUUGGACUGUAUCCGAGCUGGUUCCUACUGAGCUCUGCCGAAAUCCCGACCAGCCAGGGACCCCUCUGCACGGCCGGGACCUUAAACACACAGAGAAGCCAUCGCUCAACGGGGCCAGAUCCCAGUGGGGGUCCACAAGCGCCGACUUUCCAUUAUGUUGGGGGGUGCUUGACCCCUGGCUCUGCCCCUCCUCAAGGCCACACCCCUGCCUCGCCCUUGCCUCACCUCUUCCCACCCCUGAGUGUGCUGCAUCCUCGCUCCUCUCCCCCUCCCCCAGCCUUCUGCACCACGGAACAGCUGAUUGUGGCGGGUGGGAGGAGGAAGCACUGAUGGGGGGUUGCUGGUGGGUGCUCAGCACCCAUCAUUUUUUCCCAAUGGGUGCUCCAGCCCCAGACCACCUAUGGAUUUGGCACCUAUGCUGGGGUCAAUUGGCCAUAGCUCCAUUGGAAUGAAUGGGCCAGACCCCCAGCUGGGGUGACAUGGCCGUCACUCCACUGAAGAACUCAACUGGGAAUAAAUAGCUCCGAAAUGUAGGGAUUGGGUAAUUUUGUUUUUUAUAAAGUUGAUAUAGAAAAAAGUGGAAAUACCUGUGACGUUCUGUACCUCGUGGGAACACCCUGCACCCCCAUGUUCAUCCUUUUAAUAUGAUCAUGUGGUGUCUAAUGCAAAGUUUGUCAUGUCGAGUGUCUUCGGAAGGCUCAUGACGAACUGAGCAUUGUUGUUCUAGUGAUUUUAUAGUAACUGUUACAGUAAUGUUAUAAUUUCAUGUAUAUAGUUAUGAGGCUGAGAAUGUGUUUUUAUGGCUUAAAAUAAGCCCCAGGGGAAAAAGAAAAAAAAGCAGAGGGGCAGUUCACACCUCAUCAGGGCAUGGAUGGGACAAACCCAGCCCAGCCUCACAGGAGCAAAGGACACUGGCCUAGGCAGCAGCAAAAGAAUCUGUCAGACCCUCGAAGGAGUCACCCCCCUUCCUUGGGGCAGUUUGGGACGGCAAUGAGGUGAUGCUCACCUGACUCUGAAUGGGGGAGGGGCAAAGCCAAGAGGGAAGAAGGGACAUGAUAAAAGGGGGAGUCGUUUGCCAGGCUCUUCCUCUCUCUUCCGCCUACAUCGACAGACACCAGCACCAAGGGACUGAAGCGCUGAUCAAAGGGGAGAGCCUGGCUGCAGAGCACCCAGCCAGCCUGUGGGGAGAAGCAUCUCAGUUUGUAAGGACAUUGAAAGUGUCAAGAUCAGCUUAGAGCGCGUUUUGCUUUAAUUUCAUUUGACCCCCAAAUCUGACUUGUUCUGCUUCGACUUAU